AUGUUGAAGCGGCUGCGUUGGAAAAAGAAGUUGGGGAAGAGUGUUCUGGAGGGUUUAGAGCGUAAAGAUUUGAUCUUUGGUGAUCGAAUUGAAGGGCAAAAGGGGAACAGCGAAGAGGGUGAGGAGAAGAAUCAAGGAAAUGGGGUUUCUGAUGUGGGUUUUGGCAAAGAGGGAGUGAGUGAUGGAAUUGAAGAGGGUUUGGUGAAGAAGAAGAAAUGUGGUAAAAAGGGUACGGAAUCUGAGAGGUUUGGAGAAAAUGGUGAUGUGGGUUUUGGUAAAGAGGGAGUGAGAGAUGAAAAUGAAGAGGGUUUAGUGAAGACUGAGCAAGUUAAUGGGGAUGUGGAGAAGAAUGGAAGAUGGAGCAGAGCAGAUGUGUCGACAAUGUGUCAUCAAUGUCAGAAAAAUGAUCAUGGGAGAGUUGUUCGUUGCAGAGGGUGUUCAGAAAGGGGAGAGAGGAAGCGGUAUUGUAUUCCUUGCAUAAAGAAAUGGUAUCCCAAUUCAUCAGAGGAGGAUUUUGCCGAGGCUUGUCCUGUUUGCCUUGGGAAUUGUAAUUGCAAAGCGUGCUUGCGUUUGGGUGUGCCUCUGAGAUGCUUCAAGAAUCGAGACUUGGAGAUUGGGGAAGACGAGAGGCUAGAGCAUUGCAAGUAUUUGGUGAAUCGGUUGCUUCCUUAUUUGAAGAGGAUUAAUGAUGAACAGGUGAGUGAGAUGAAAUUUGAGGCUGAGAAAGAAGGGUUGGUGGAGUUUGAGGAGAUGGAAAUUGAAAAGUCUAAUUGCCGUGUUGGUGAGAGGAUGUACUGCAACAACUGCAAGACUUCGAUUUUCGACUUUCACUGAAGCUGUCCUGGAUGCCAAUAUGAUCUGUGUCUUAAGUGUUUCCGGGAGAUUAGGGGUGGAGACUUGAAGGGAGGUGGGGAGGAAAUGGUUGAGAAAUAUGGAAAUCGGGGAUUUGAGUGUUUUGAUGGUGAGGGAAAGAUUAUUCAGAGGAAUGGUGUGGGAACUAGGAGGCUGAGGUCUUCUUCUGCAAAGUCAAAGUUUGAAUGGAAAGCAGAUAAAGAUGGAAGCAUUCGUUGCCCCCCAGAGCACAAGGAAGGUUGCGGUAAGUAUCAUUUAGAACUUAGAUAUUUAUUUCCUGGAAAUAAAGUCAUGGAAUUGGUAGAGAAAGCUGAAAAUAUAGAUGAGAGCUAUAAAAUUUUACAUGCUAGUAGUGAAACUCGUGAAGAAAGUUGUUCAUGUAUAAACCUGGUGGAUGAUGUGAAGUGUAGAAAAGCAGCUUGUAGAGGUGAUUCGAAGGACAACUAUUUGUUCUGUCCAAGGGCUGAAAGCAUUCAACCCGAGGAUUUUGAGCAUUUUCAGAGGCAUUGGAUGAGGUAUGAGCCUGUUAUUGUGAGUCAGAAAGAAGGAGAAGGUUGGGAAUUUUCUGAUAUAUUUCUUCUCCAAGAAUGGAGUAUAUAUAUACAUAAGAUACAUAAAGCAUAAAGUCCUAUUACAAAAAAAUAUUCCUAAUAGUGGAUUAGCCCCUAACUUGUCCGGCUAGCCACCAACUUGUCCGCCACCAUUGUCGGCCAUCAUUGUUGGCCUCCAGCACUACUCACAUCAACACUCCCCCUCAAGUUGGUGCAUACAGAUCACGGAUGCCCAACUUGUCAAGUGAGUCAUAAAAAGCUUUAGUUGAGAGAGCCUUUGUAAGAAUAUCUGCCAACUGUUCUUCAGUAGGAACGAA